GAAGUCUUGAAUUUACACUCGGCGCUCCAAGUGUGCCCAAGUACGGGGUGUUACCCAACAGGUUCUGAGUCUUCAUAACCAUCACAGAGAGCCGCACGCUUUCUAAAUUUCUGUGGUUUCUCUCUCUCUCUCUCUCUCUCUCUCACACUCUCCCAGCUGCUGUCUCUCCUGCCGUCUCUCUCUCACUCCCUCUGUAUCUCUCUUUUUCUUUCGCUCUGCCUCUCCACGUUUCCACGGCUCCCGUCACAGUGGAAUUUCGCCUAGCACUAUGAUGUCAGCCCUAGACCUUCUGCUGUAAGCACUAAAAGGUUAUGCUGCCCAAAAGCUCCCCACUGAGUCCAAGCGAGAAAGAAAAGGGUUAAACUCAGACCGGCCAGACCCCAUCUGUCGCGCCUUGCUGCCCCGCAAAGACACAGAAGAGCCAUGAGCGAGUCCCCGGUUUCCAGCUUCGUGGUAGAAGCCAUGGCAGCCGUCGCCCGCUCUCCAGAGUCAUCGACUCCACCCCCCCUUAAUGUUCACCAGGAGGAGGAUGAGGAAGGGGACCUGAACAAAGCCCUGGGGGUAGAGUGUUUCCAGCAGAUUCUGCACACAGUUCCCAGCGUCCCAGAUGAGCAUCGUCGAUUCUACAGUGAGGAAGACUUUCAGUACCACCGUCAUUCCUCACACCAUAUCCAUCAUCCGCUGGCCAGGCUGCCCUCCGAUGGACGAAAGAAGAAGAGCAGCAAGAAGAAAAAGAGUGAGGGCCACAAAAGUAGUAGUUCCGGGGCCCCUACCAUCGAAGAGGGGGAGGAGGAGGAUGAAGAGCGCCCCCUUGAGAGAGAUGGCCAAGCGGCUGUGCCUACUGCCAGCGCAGUCUCUGACAGCCUGACCGAGAGAGUGCAGUUCUUCCUCACGGACGACCCUCCCACUCCCUCACCGGGCCAUUCCCUAGCCCCGCAACCACUGGACUUUGUACCGGAGUCGGCCAAGCAUGCAAGCCCCGCCCACCGUGAGGAUGCCACACCCACAGACAACUGGGAACAGCAGGAGAUCUCGACCAAGGACAGAAGUGACGCGUCUACAGCCGGCCCGGCGUCUCCCGGCUCCCCGAGGGCCCCAGACACCCCCAGCUCGCUGACUCGUGUGCCGUCUGCCAGUCGUGGCUACGACCUACAGGAGCGCCGCCGCACGGGUAACAUGACGGGAGCUGAGCAGGCCCGGUACCAGCGGAUCCCCACGGAUGAGAGCGAGGCCCAGAUGCUGGCCACCGUGGACCUGGACGGGAUCAAAAGCCAUCGCUUCGAGGAUGUCCCCGGAGUGCGUCGGCAUCUGGUCAGGAAGAGCACCAAGGGCCACAUCGUCCAUGUCAGCAAGGACCACAAGGAGCCCAGCACUCGCUGUCGUAAACUAGACCGUACCCCCCAUGAGUCAGAGGUUCUCAGCAGCUCCUGUUCCAUGUGGGUGGGUAUGGCCCGAAUGGACUGCGUGGGCUGUGUGGCCCUCAACCACAAGGAGGUGUUUGUGGAACUGAACGAGCUGAUCAUGGACAAAAACCAAGAGAUGCAGUGGCGGGAGACGGCCCGCUGGAUCAAGUUUGAGGAGGAUGUGGAGGAGGAGACGGACCGCUGGGGGAAGCCCCACGUGGCCUCGCUCAGCUUCCGCAGCCUGUUGGAGCUCCGCAAGACCAUCUCUCAUGGAGCUGUUCUCCUCGAUCUGGACCAGAAGACUUUGCCUGGCAUUGCUCAUCAGGUGGUUGAGCAGAUGAUUAUCUCUGAUCAGAUCAAAGCAGAAGACCGGGCAAAUGUAUUGAGAGCUUUGCUGCUCAAGCAUAGUCACCCCAGCGAUGAGAAGGAGCACAUCACCUUCCCCCGGAACAUCUCAACUGCUAGUCUAGGCUCUCUGAUGGUUCACCACAGCAGCAAUCACAGCGGCCCGCCGGAGUCGUCUGUCACAGACCCACUCAUGGGCCGCAGCCGAGCCAGUUCCGAGAGCGAAACACACAUUGACAUUGACAAGCAUGAGAAGGACACUAGCCAAAUGAUGGGUAUGCAUAAGUCCAAGUCCAAACAUGAGUUAAAGCUACUGGAGAAGAUCCCUGAAAAUGCUGAAGCUACUGUGGUCCUUGUGGGCAGUGUUGACUUCCUGGAACAACCUACUAUGGCUUUUGUUCGACUGCAAGAAGCAGUGGAAUUGGAAUCCGUCCUGGAAGUUCCAGUGCCAGUCAGAUUCCUCUUUGUUCUUUUGGGACCACCUAGCACCAACAUGGACUACCAUCAGAUCGGCCGCUCCAUCUCCACGCUUAUGUCCGACAAGCACUUCCAUGAGGCGGCCUACCUUGCUGAUGACCGGCAGGAUCUGCUCACCGCCAUCAACGCCUUCCUAGACUGCAGCAUCGUGCUGCCACCAUCCGAGGUAGACGGGGAGGAGCUGCUACGCUCCGUGGCACGCUUCCAAAGGGAGAUGCUGAGAAAACGUGAAGAACAGGAGGUCAAACUGCUGGCCAAGGAGCCCACAGCCAUCGAGGACAAAGCUUUCAUUACUCCUUUGAAGCCCUGUGAUGACCCCUUACGGAGAACCAGGAAGCCGUUCGGUGGAUUGAUUCGGGAUGCCAAGCGGCGCUACCCCAGAUAUAUCAGCGACUUUAGGGACGCCCUAAAUCCCCAGUGCAUGGCUGCUGUCAUCUUCAUCUAUUUCGCUGCCCUGUCUCCAGCCAUUACAUUUGGAGGACUGCUGGGUGAGAAAACUGAAGGUCUUAUCGGUGUGUCUGAGCUGAUCGUAGCCACAUGCGUUCAGGGGGUGUUGUUUUGCUUGCUGGGUGCUCAGCCCCUCCUGAUCGUGGGCUUCUCUGGUCCCAUCUUAGUGUUUGAGGAGGCAUUCUAUACGUUUUGUAAGGGGAAUGGCAUGGAGUACCUCACAGGUCGGGUUUGGAUUGGGUUCUGGCUCAUCUUGAUCGCGGUCCUGACUGUGGCUUUAGAGGGCAGCUUCCUGGUGCGCUUUGUGUCACGCUUCACGCAGGAGAUCUUCUCCAUCCUCAUCUCCCUGAUCUUCAUCUAUGAGACCUUCUCAAAGCUGGCCAAGAUCUUCCAGGAGCACCCAUUGCGGCGAUGCUCUGUGUAUAACGGCACAGAGCUGAAUGCUACAGACGGGCACGUCUUGGUGGAGAACCCCACCGCCAUGCAUCUGCUGAAUGACACCGGGAGCUGGGACCAGGGAGAGCCCAACACUGCCCUGCUGUCCCUGGUCCUCAUGUCCGGAACCUACUUCAUUGCCUUCUACCUACGCAAGUUCAAGAACAGCGCCUUCUUUCCUGGAAGCAUCCGCAGGAUUAUUGGCGAUUUUGGCGUCCCCAUUGCAAUCCUCAUCAUGGUGUUGGUGGAUUACAGCAUUAAAGACACCUACACCCAGAAACUGAGUGUUCCCAGUGGCUUCUCUGUCACAAGUCCGGAGAAGCGUGGCUGGUUCAUCAGCCCACUGGGCUCUGAUGGGCAGUUUCCUAUCUGGAUGAUGGCAGCCAGUAUCCUCCCAGCCCUGCUUGUCUUCAUCCUCAUCUUCAUGGAGACACAGAUAACCUCGCUGAUAGUCAGUAAAAAGGAGCGCAUGUUGGUGAAGGGCUCCGGUUUCCACCUGGACCUGCUGGUCAUAGUGACACUCGGCGGCAUGUCUGCACUCUUUGGGUUGCCCUGGAUGGCAGCUGCCACAGUGCGCUCCGUCACACAUGUCAACGCCUUGACCGUCAUGAGCAAGGCUGUCGCCCCUGGAGACAAGCCCCGCAUCCAGGAAGUCAAGGAGCAGAGGGUGACUGGGCUGCUGGUAGCCUUACUCGUAGGCUUGUCCAUAGUGAUUGGGGACCUCCUGUGCCAGAUUCCCAUCGCGGUGCUCUUCGGGAUCUUCCUCUACAUGGGGGUGAUGUCGCUGAAUGGCAUCCAGCUUGCCGAGCGCUUUCAGCUGCUCCUCAUGCCGCCCAAGUACCACCCCGACCACACCUACAUCCGCAAGGUGCGUACGCUGCGGAUGCACCUCUACACUGGUAUCCAGUUGGUGUGCCUCAUAGUCCUGUGGGCUGUCAUGUCCACUGCGGCUUCGCUGGCCUUUCCUUUCGUCCUGAUCCUUACUGUCCCUGUCAAGAUGUUUUUGCUGCCAAGGAUCUUCAGCACCCGAGAGAUGCAAUGUCUGGACGCAGACAACGCUGAGCCCACAUUCGAUGAGAAGGAGGGCGAGGAUGAAUACACAGAGAUGCACAUGCCAGUGUGACACGGCGUGCCCCGCCCCCUUAACGUUGCCCUGGGAACACCUGUCCAGUCUGCCAGCCAAUCACAGCUGGGGUGACAGGGACCACACCUUUUAAAGAGAAGCUGUCAUUCUCCAUUUAAAAAAAGUGUUUUAAUAUUUGCCUUUUUAUCGUUUCCAUCAAAAUUUUUAUUUUAUUUUUUUUUUUACCAAAAGGAGUCUCCUUAAGCUAGGAAAGAUACCCUUUAACCAGGACCUACAUAGACUGCAACAUCUACAGGUCUUUCUUAUAUUCAAACGAAACGCAAGUUUAAUCUUUUUUGCUUGCAUGCCUCACGUUUCCAUGGUCGACCAUCGCAAUUAUUCUUUGCUUCCAUGAAGUUACUCUGAGUAUCUAUUGAGCAAGAACUGUACUCCUUUCCAACUAAUUCUUCCAUGGCCAAUAUUGGUAUUUUGAAGCAGCUGUUAAUAUUUUCAGUGUUAUUUUAUUUGGCUGGCGUCACUGCUGACUAUUGAACAUCAUAUUUUGAAUACGCUCACAAUUUUCCUAUUGCCUUUAGGUGAAAGUCUUGCAUUGCACACUAAGCACUUUUUCUGAACUAAUUGAUAUCGACUAAUUAAACGUAUAGGACGUGUUAAUGAGCUGAGAGGAAUGGGGCAGCGACCUUUGGAAACUUUUUGGUCUAGUCAUGCAGUGUACAGUAGGAUUAAACUUUAUUUAUUGAUAUUUAUAAGGAGGAAAAGUUGUCUCAGAUGCUCCAGCAGUACACCCCUACACCCCAUUACAUUCACUAAUGUAAGGCUGUACGAACAUUUCAGGCAAACACAGGUGUGAAUUGCUGUACCGUACCAAAGAUGCCAUAACAGGACUUUGUAAAUGGAGGAAGAGUUUGCAAGAUGGUAGCUUGGCUGUGAAAUGAUGCUUUGCAAGAUGCUCCCAAAUAGGGACGUGCAACUCAUUUUCUCAAAUAUUAAGAAAUACAUAUUCAAACUGUAAAGGAGGGCUGUAUUUUGUUAUCCUCGGUAUCAUAAUUUCUUCGUAACAUACCUAAGAUUUCUGCAUAAUGUCCAUCUCAAGGAGGGCUGUGAUCAGUCAGCUUUUAAUGAACAGUUACGAUUUACCACUAGAGGGCGGAAAUGCUAUAUUAAUGGCUGUGGAACGUGCAUUUUGGACACAGACGGGAAGAUCUUAUUUGUGCUAUGUGGUACUGAAUUUGUGUGGAUUUUUUUUCUGUUAACGUGGAAAAUUUACAUUGUGACAUCAUUAGUCCUAGAUUAUGCUUUAUAAAGGGAACUGUCCUUGUUCCAAUGACUUUUUUUUAUUUUGACCUGUCAAACCUCAGUUUGAGUAAAUCACUUCUGCACUAUGGUGAUGCUGCUUUAAAUGCACAAACCAUAACAUGCCUGUUUUGACCAAAUGAUGUCACGGGUUUAAUUAUAACUGGCGGAAAGGCCUAGUACAUAUGACCACUUGGCCUAUACAUAUUAUAUUAGUGGUUUUUCUGUCUUUAAUAUUAGACACUAACAACACCUGUAGCUGCUUGCGUUUCAGAGUUGUGUCCACUGAACAAACAUUUUCCAAAGAGAACUGAUUUGAAUUGUUUCUGCCAUUUUUCACAAUUGUGUCAUAGUGUUUGACAAAAAGACCAAAUAGCGCAGUGAGAACAAAUAAGCACAAAACAACAUGUCUAUGCCUGGUCUUGAGCUUACAGAGAAUCACACCAGGGGUGUGUGAUUCAACAUGCAGGGUGAAUCGUAGUUCAGGGUGAUAGUUUUCAUGGGAAAUUUGGGUGGCAUAACUGCACUUAACAUUGAUUACAAAAAAUAGGGACCUGUUCUCUUUGUUACAUACGGUUUCAUUGGUUUAUGGUAUAGCAGGACAGGGACACAACUGUUUCCAAGAGACUGUGAGAUCUGAUUUUUGUCAAAUUACUACAGACUGCAGCAACUUAAAACCACAUUGUGUAUGUGUGUACGUGCAUGCAUGCACUGUUGUGCCAGGACACUGCUUGCUCUUGGCUAAGUUUGUUGUAGCUGUAUCCUUUUAUGUGCCUUAAUGUGCCAGACCAGCAAAAUUUUGUUUCUGUUUUGGCUUCCCUGUCAUUAUGAAGGUGUAAUGUAAUUCUACAGUUCAAAAAUAACUUUGCACAUUCCUAAACUUUGACCGACACAGUGAUAGUUGAUUUUGUUUUAUAAAAAGGUCUCAAAGACCUGAGGGUGGUGUAAAAAUAAGAUGGCAAUAUUUGUAUACAAGUGGUUAUUUUCUUAGGAAAUUCAUGUAACACAUUUUGAACUGGUUAUCCAACAAUAGUUUAGGUUCUAGUUGAAGUGACCCCUUUUAAGAGAAGCGUGAUAUUUUUGUAUAUAUGUAGAUUAAGAUUCUCAUAUAUUUAUGAAUAACUUUUUUUGAAGCAGAAGGUUCUCAGUUUGUGGCAAGGGCUGUUAGGAGGUGGGUCAGACUGCUUUUCCGUAUAGAAAGCACAGCAAAUAGGAAGGACUCCUUUCCAUGUACUGUGGCUACACAACCACUCAGUGAUUGGCUGCUCUGGCUGGCUGCCUGAAGAUCUAUGGUGCAAUUUCAUUGGGGAAAGGCAGACAGAGGUACCCAACACUGAAGCAUCUUUUUCUUAAUACCCAAUCUUAAGCACUCAAACAGUAAAAACAUGUUCCUUUUAUAUUGCCAUUUUCUACCACUUUUAUAAUGUUGUUUCUUAAGAGUAUGGGUGUUAUUGUACAUUUAAAUCCCAAGUCUGUCUCUAUGCUGCAGCAUGCCUUGGCUUGGCCUUUCCUGUAUGCUCCUUGGGUGGGCUCAGAUUUAUGUUAUGCCUUCAUCCCUUUUGCGACAUACAGAAUCGAUCUGUCUGUACCCAACACUACUCCCAAAAAAUUCACUCCCAGGAUGUCCGUGACUGCCAGAGAAUACCACUAACAGAUUCCCCCCAACACAAUAUGAUACAAAUUGUUUCAGUAAUAGUUUAUUGCAAAAUGUGAAUAUUUAGGUUAUAAAUCACAUGGGUCAGAGUUGGACAUGAACAAUGUCCUGUUUCUUUUAGCCCAGAAAUAAAUGUAUACUGGCUGGAAAACUGAAAGGGGAUGGCUGGUGAGGAUUUGGAUGGGGGGAGUCUUAAAUUCAGAUUGCUGUGUAGUAAAUAGUGCUGUGGAGUUAAGGGUAAUCAGAUUAGACAUUAAGGAUGACAAUGGAUGUAAUUUCUUCCAUAUAAUGUUCUAGAUUUUAAUGCUCAAUGGUUUGUGUAUAUCUACUUCAAAUAUGUGACAAAUAAACAUUUUUUUUCUA